AGAAGAUCACAGCAGAUUGUCUGAAAUAUGUUUCACUUUCUUUCACUAUAACCUGUCAACAAAACCUUUAUCGCGAGUCUAACGUAGUCUAUGCUGACUUUAAUGUAUUGAUCGAUAGAGAGAAUUGAAUGUUAACGAAACAUUUGCUUGUAUCUUCCCACAACAUAUUCAUUUGGAAAAUAUCCAAUUUUUGAAAGGUACUGUGCACUGUGGCCCGUCCACGCAUAUCUAAUUACAAAACAAGCUCUGAAGAUUUGCGGUGGGCAUCAGAUUUUAUCUGUUUUACUUUUAAAACAAAGCUUUUCUAAGUAGAUUUUGCAGACCAUUCCGUUUUGAAAGAAAAACCGUGGACUUCAACAAGUCGUGUAAAGAACCCGACUACAAACAGAAAUGAAUGAUCAGAAUGAAGGAUCAAUUUUGGUGUCUGGUUUACCUGAUAGUGCGACAAGCAACCGGGUGACGAUGCAUUUUCAAAAGAGAAAAAAUGGUGGGGGAGAUAUUAAGGAAGUGAAGAUGCUUGGUCAGGGGAAUGCAAGAGUUACUUUUGAGGAUCGUACAGUGGCAAAGCGUGUUUUAGAAGUCAAACAAAUCUUUGAAUCUACCACUUUGAAUGUACAAUUGGAAGAAAAUGAAUUAUUUCAGAAUUUGGAAAUAGGCAAAAGAAAGGUUUUUGUGUAUGGACUUCCUGAGGAUAUUACAGAAAAUGCUGUUAAAAUUCACUUUCAAAAGAAAAGAAAUGGUGGGGGUGACAUUAAAGAAGUGAAUUUGCUUAAAAAUGGUUUUGCUGAAAUUGUUUUCGAAAAAGCUGAAGUUGCCAGUCAAGUGGUCCAUACACAGCAAAUAAUGAAGAGAAUCACUUUGACUGUCGAACUUAUAAAAAAUGAAACAUUCCAAAAAGAAAAAUUGAUGUUUUCAGAGACACAUCUUGAGACAGUAGUGUACCAUAUUUUUCUCACGUCUAGUUGCCAGUCAGGUGGUUCAUACUCAGCAAAUAAUGAAAGGAAAGACUUUGAACGUCAAACGUAUGGAAAAUGAAACAUUUGAAAGGGAAGAAAAUGAUGUUUACGAGGAAACGUCAGACAAGAUUUCUCGUUCAGUUGUUGUGUCUUCUCUUCCUGUCGGAGUUAAAAAAAACAAUCUCCAUAUUCACUUUCAGAA